UUAAGCUCUUAUAAAUAGAUCGAAAAUUACUCUCUCUAUAUAUCCUUUUCUUUUUGCGAACACUCUCUAGAAACCCAAAUCAAUUGAUCCCAAUAUUUCCCUCAAUUCCGUGUUCUUUUUUCCGGUGAAAGCUUUUCAGAGUCACCGGAUAAGUGAUAUGUGAAUUGGGUUUGGAUUAAUUUGCCCUAAUUUGACGUAUAUAUAUGCUGUGAUCGAUUUAUUGAUUGAUGAGGAAGAAGAGAAAAGGAUGUGAAAUUCUGUGCCCUAAUAAACAACAGCGAGAAAUAUGGGAUUCAACUUCAACCCAUGAUUCGAUGAUAUCGAAUUUGAAAAAAACCCAUUUUUCAUUAGUGGAAUGUUCUAGAAGGUUGAAAAAGAGGUGUAAGGAAGAUGAUGCUGUUGGCCUAGGAUCUUGUAGUAGAACUAGUAUUAGGCUUGCUGCUGCAACUGCUCCGGCACCAGGUGGCAGUUCGUCGAUUAGUUUGUGUACCCGAGGUUUGAAAAGAAAAAUAGGAUGUAUAGAUGCAGCCACACAGAUGGGUAGGAAGAAUAAGAUUGAAGAUGAUUAUGUAAUGGGGGAAGCAUUAGGGAAAGGUAAAUUUGGGUCAGUUUUUAUGUGUAGGAGUAAGUUAACCGGGGUUGAAUUCGCCUGCAAGACAUUGCCUAAAGGCGAAGAGACGGUUCAUAGGGAAGUGGAGAUAAUGCAGCACUUAUCGGGACACCCGGGUGUGGUGACAUUGCAGUCUGUGUAUGAGAAUGGGGAAAGUUUUCAUUUGGUGAUGGAGUUGUGUUCCGGUGGGAGGUUGAUUGACCGGAUGACGAAGGAGGGUAGGUUUUCGGAGCAUACGGCUGCUAAUAUAUUCAAGGAUUUGAUGUUGGUUAUACAGUAUUGUCAUGAUAUGGGAGUUGUACAUAGGGAUAUUAAGCCUGAGAAUAUCCUUUUAACUGCUUCUGGGAAGAUAAAGCUUGCUGAUUUCGGCUUGGCUAUGAGGAUUGCCAAUGGUCAGAGUUUAAGUGGUUUGGCUGGAAGUCCUGCUUAUGUGGCCCCUGAAGUACUUAUAGGGGAUUACGGGAAAAAGACGGAUAUUUGGAGUGCUGGUGUUCUUUUACAUGCUCUACUAGUUGGUGUUCUUCCGUUUCAAGGGGAUUCUUUGGAUGCUCUUUUUGAGGCAAUUAAGAGCAUGAAACUUGAUUUUCACUCUGAAAAAUGGCAAUCUGUGUCUAAACCUGCACGAGAUCUUCUUGAGCGGAUUCUCACGAGGGAUGUUGCUGCAAGGAUAACUGCAGAAGAAGUAUUAAGUCAUCCAUGGAUGCUGUUCUACACUGAGCGAACUUUGAAGACAGUGUCUGUCAGGUUGAAGCCAAAGCAUUUCUCGGGCACACCAAGCCAAAUACCAACAACUACCUCUAGACUAGAAACAGAUGGAAUGAAGAGAUGCAGUAAAUCUAACACUGGGGAAACCGAAGAUUUAAGGUGUGAAAGUUUGAAUAGAGAAUCUGGAGAAUCUGAAGAAUCCGACGACACUGGCUUAGUUGAUGUGCUUGCAGCAGCGAUAUUGCAUUGCAGGAUAUCUGAACCAAAAAGGAGCAGAUUGUGUGUUACAAGUAGUCCAAUAAGGGAACAAUGUUCGUCUAACUUGAAGUCUAGCCUAUGCAAGGCUUUCUGAUUCCAACCAUAAUCCAUGUACAGGUUUCUUUACUAUAAUGCUGAUGCCUCAUUUUCUUGGAGGACACUAGUUAAGUUACUAGCGAGCAAUUUCGACUGUACAAAGAAGCUUGGAUGCAGAUUAACUUGAAUAACACCAUCAUUAUUGGAAAUGAGAAGGUCUGUCGAAGAUUAAGAUGAAAGUUGAGGCCUUCCUUCACCUGACAGUGGAUAACAUGUAUUGGGGUAAAAACUGAUUGCUGUACAGACAUGUAAAUAGCUGAUGGCAGCAUAGAGAUAAUUCUUCUGAUUACAGUAUUAAAUGAGAAACUAACUGGUUUGAUAUCUCAUUAUUAUUUGUUUUUCUUUAACUUCAUGACUUCCUUAUCAGUUUUUGAAAUGUUUGAACCUGCACAUGGAGCAUUUUGCUGUGGUUUGCUCA